CCGACUCCCUGUUCUUGUGCUUGUACGUGAACCAUCCAUUUCCAGAUUUCCUCUUCUUCUUCGAAGUCCCUCCCGAGGACUUUCCUUUACUCUUGGACUUUGUCGUCGUAUCAGCCGUAUCGACGGCGGUGGUGAUUGGAGCGGCGGUUUCGAUUUCGAUUUCAUUGUUGGUUGUCGGAGGAGAAGGCGGUGGAGGCAUAGGCUCCGAAGUCGACACAAUCGGACCUGAUCCUGAUCCUUGGACGAGCAGUGGCCCAGGCGACUUCGAACGCGAACCGUCGAUAUCCACAUCCACGCUCACAUCUUCGUCCACAAGCUCCUUCUCCUUCUCCGCGCCCAUCCGAUCUCCUUCUUCCUCUGUCGCCAAACGACGGGCUGGGUCGAUGCCCAUUGCAGCUGCAGAUCCACGGGUAACUCUCCUUUCCCUCGCUCUCUCCCUUUCUCUCAUCCUCGACUCUCGCGCCUUGUCUAACCCACCGGAUCCCGAACCGGAACUGUCGCCCCCACCACCACCGCUUUCCACUUCCCUCUCCCGUGACCUCUCCUUGCCAGCAUCUUCAUCCACAUACCCUCCCCUCUCCAUCCCCAUGUCCAAUUCCUCAUCGGCGUUCGAGCUCGCAGCAGCAGCCAACCUCGACGCAUGCGUCCUAUAGCUCUGCGGACUCGGAUGCAAAUACGAAUGCUGGUGCCCCUGCGGUGGUCUCGGUAUCGACACCGACAUGGGUCCAGGCUUCGACACCGUCAUCGGCGCAGGCUUUGAGAGCACGGUCGGAGUGUUGCUGUUGGAGGACGAAGAAGAGGUGCGAGCGGGCAUGCGGGUGGAGGCGGACGCCAUGUCGGCGAGGGUGUCGAGGCCUGACAUUUGUUUGGCGUUGGAGUUGUUGGUGGCGUUGGUAGUGC